UACAUAUGCGUGCGGGCACAGAAUACAAAAGGCUCGAGGAGAAUAAAACGAUGUCCGUUUCAAAGGAAAAACACAGACCAAAGUAUCAGAAUUUUGAGUAAGAGAGGGAGACGCGUGGAGCAAAUAGAAAACAAAGAUAGAGCGUUCGGUGAGCUUGUGGUAGUCUUCUCGGGCGUGCGAGUGAAAGAGGGCGAUAGAAGAAAAGAGACACGCAAGAGAGAGAGUUCAGCAGUCCAUGGCACAGUGCUUGCAUUCAGUCGUUUCUGCUGCUUUGAACGCGCUCUCCCGGUUUGUCCGAGCAGCCAGUUUUCCCAACAUCGGUUUGCCCGUGAACACCUUUUCUCGCGUACGUGUUGCUAGAGGUGAUCUCGUGACAAUUCCAAGUUCCCGUAUACACCACAAGCUAAUAAACAAACAAUUUUCCGGGUCUACUGAACUUUUUUAACUGAAAGCCGGUCCGUUAUAGACGAGUUUUAGCUUCUCGAACAAUCUACGGAUAGCCGUGUUCAUUUCAAGACCGAUUGAGAUCCGCUUUGGAUGAGCCCGUAAACACGGAGUAUCGUUUCACUGCGAACGCAGCUGUUUCGCCUCUACGUGUGGAGAAUGUUCCUUGUAGCACCGGUCGACAACAAUCGCUGGGCUUAUACGAUGCACGGACUGGAAAAGCCUAUGGAUCACGUGUCCGCCGGCGGCCUAAUGGCGGGUUCCGUGGCUACUCUGACGAUCCUCUGGAUCUCCCUGCAAACUAUGGGGUUCCUUGGGAAUUCUCAUUCCAUUGGCGCCUAUAAGUUGCCGAUGACCUUGCAGAACUACCUCGCCAGUUAUACAGGUAUCCUUUCAGGUUUGCCGAUGUCGAACUACCCUUAUGAGGUCGUCGUAGACACCGGUCAUUUCCAAAAUCGACGUUACCCUCACAUUGACAAGGCAGUCUUGAACAACUCGAUCAGUUUCGCGCAAAACUCGGUCGAUCGUAUGAGCACCCUCGAAAGGAAUAUCGUGAACGCUGGCGUCGAAUUGCAGGCACACACGCCGGCGGAAAAGCAAUUCCUUGAUUCUUAUCCUUCCGAGGAUGCUUUUGAGAGAGGCCUCGACGCCAUUGUGGCGAUGAAAGCUUCGUCCUAUCUCCUUCACCAGAGCUGUCGCAGGUUCGGUUUGGAGAAGGAUGAUUGCGCGCGGUUCAUAUCCACGCUGCCGCUGCAGGGUACGCAGUUGAGCUCCGCCUGUUCCUCGUCGCAGGCUGGUGUCUGCAAUUCCAAGGCGAAGUACCGGAGCAUCGACGGCAGUUGCAAUAACGUGAAAAACCCGAGCUGGGGUAGUGCGAUGACCGCGUACACCAGAAUCCUCUUCCCCCAGUAUUUUGACGGAAUUCAAGAGCCGAGGCAUACGGGAGAAGCGAGAAAACCGCUACCAGGUGCUAGGACCGUGAGCGUGGCUUUGUCGACUUCUAAUGAUCAGUCAGAUGUCAGUAGAACGUUGACGGUAAUGCAAUGGAGUCAGUUCAUUGCUAAUGACAUUUCUUAUACGCCAGUACGUAAAAUGGUAUCAUCGGGAAAGCCAAUUUCAUGCUGUCAAUCUGAUGGAAGCAGCUUAUCUCCACGUCAUGUUCAUCCCGAUUGUGCUGCAAUUACAGUACCUGAUGGAGAUCCCGUUUAUGGCCAGCAUUACGUUCGAUGCAUAAAUUACGUGCGAUCGUUGCCUGUUCUUAAACCAGAAUGCACAUUUGGACCAGUGGAACAGAUGAACCAAGCCAGUCAUUUUCUGGAUGGUUCAAUGAUCUAUGGUUCUACGUUGAAGAAGUCCCGCGAAUUACGCGAGUUUGAUGGAGGUCGUUUACGGGUUCAUGUAGACAAUAACCACGAGUUUCUACCUAUUGGCACCGUAGAAGUCGGGUCUGCGUGUAGAGAAGGCUGUUACGAUUCUGGUGAUCAUCGCGUAAACACGCAUCCACAAUUGGCUGUGAUGCAUACCAUUUGGCACCGUGAACACAAUAGAAUUGCUGAAAAACUUGCGGAAUUGAAUCCUUAUUGGUCAGAUGAAACAUUGUUUCAAGAAGCCAGGCGAAUAGUGAUUGCUGAAAUUCAGCAUAUCACGUACAAAGAGUGGUUGCCCAUUUUACUGGGCAGGAAGUACACUCGAGCUGUUGGAAUUUCACUUGGAAAUAGUUACAGUCGUGUCUACAAUUCUGAAGAUGAUCCAGCGGUCAGUAACGAAGUUGCAACGGCAGCUCUACGAUUUUUGACUUCCUUGAUGCAAGGAACUCUGAGCUUGACAGAUAACACGCGUCGCGUCAAUCACACGCUUUCAUUAGUGGAGUACUUUUACAAGCCUAGUAUAAUCGAGUCGGAUGAAGUGUUUGACGGUCUCCUCCGAGGUAUGGUCACUCAGACUAGUCAGAAAAUGGACAUGAACAUCAUUUCGGACGUAACAAGCAAAUUCUACGCUGAAAAUCAAAAUAGCCUAGGUUUAGACGCUGUCAGUUUGGACAUACAGCGUGGUCGCGACCAUGCCUUACCUGGCUACAACCAGUAUCGUAAAUACUGUGGACUUCCAUCUGCAAAGAAUUUUGAUGACUUCUUAGAUCAUAUUCCGAUGGAGAUGCUCAAGAAAUUGCGCACAAUUUAUGCAAGCCCUGACGACGUUGAUCUCAUUGUUGGUGGCAUGCUUGAAAGACCAGUAACAUCAGAUGGCUUGUUAGGCCCUACAUUCAGCUGCUUGAUCUUUGAACAGUUUUCAAGAACUCGUCGCACCGACAGAUACUUUUAUGAUUCUGCACAUCAACCAUAUCCUUUCACUCUCGAACAACUGGCAGAAAUACGUAACGUGACAUUAGCAAGAGUAUUUUGUGAUAAUGGUAACAACAUCACACUCAUGCAAUCGAAUGUUUUCAUGAAACCGCAACCAGGGAAUGAGCUGAGAUCUUGCACAGACUUUGAAGCCAUCCCGAGUGUAGAUCUUUUUGCCUGGGCAGAAAGAGCUAAAGCGUAUCGUUGAACUCCCCCCUUAAUUGGCUGGUCACAUUGCCGCAUCGAUUUACCCGAGCUGCACAACGGGCGUGAUGGAGACUGCGGUCUGACGAUCGGAUACCGAUAGUUGAAGAAUGUUGACGAUUGGGUCUCAACGUCGUCAUGUAAUCAGAAGUAAAUAAAAAAAGAGGUAUUUGUUAAAGCCACGUGUACCAGCGCGCAUGACGAACGGGCACGAUGAAGGGGAAUUCAAUGAAAAACGGCAUGCACCAAAAGCAGUCAAGAAAGAAAACGAUAAGGUGCAUCCACAAAGUGACUAGUCGAUUAAAUGAACACGCGACGGGACUGCGCGUGCUGCGCACAGGAGUUUGCAGAAAGGAAGAAUAAAUGCAGGUAUUAAAAAGAGCUCCAGAAAGACUAUUAUAUUCAGAGGGUUUUAUUUUAGAGUAGCGUAGAAACAGAGUGAGACAAGACAGAAAUUGGAGAUUGUAGAUGUAGCUAUCUUUGAAUUUCAUACGCUUAGUUCGUAUCGUAGACGAGCCUUCUAUCAGAUCACGUUGCUUGAAAGGAUUUGUUUGUUGGUUCAUUUCUUGCUUCAUUCUUCGUUGUAACAAAUGGAAAAGAAUAUUUGAUUUUUUUUUAUUUCUUUCCUUUUACGAGAGGAAAUAAGCGAACUUAUUUUAACAAGUACGUUUCAAUUACCUUAUAAUUUAUUAUUGAUCGUAAUACUAUUAAAAAUACUUCUUAAUGCGUUAAAUUGCAAAGAAGAAAUAAAACAUAACAUCGAUGGUUGAAUAGAAUAUACUUGAAACUCAAUUAUUCAAUUUUAUGAAAUGAAUCAGGCUGAUUUAAUUGAACGAUUUAAAACAACACACGAAGGCAUGAAAGUAGAAUGCAAGCAAAAUUACUUGAGUGAGUCCGAGGGAUUAAAUCUAAAGGAGAGAAGCGCCUAACAAGCAAUAACUUCUAGAAAAAUAAUCGGUAUUGUAAUAUCUCGUAACGAUAUGUCGAAUGAAGAAACACAUUACGCGGAGAGCAAAAGUUCUACGGAGUUACAAGAUUAUUUUUGCAAUUUUGAAAAGAAGCAAUACAUAUGAGUAAAAUAUUUUUGUAUUACUGUAAA